AUGAACAACUCAAGCGAAGCCAUCCAAAAUGAAUGUCUAGUCUACAUCCUCUGGGGGGGAAAAAUGAAAAACCCUUCCCUUGGUGCUCAAGUUGUCUUCGUUGUCAACAUAAUUAUCAACGUCUUCACUUUUCCCUUCACCGCCUUCUUGAACGCGCUGGUGAUGUUCGCCGUGAAAACUAAACGACGACUGAGGGCUCACAAGUCCAAUAUCGCGAUCGCUCUGUUAGCUACUACGGAUUUUACAGUUGGCAUUUUAAUUCAGCCUGCCACAGUCGCCUGGUUAGUAGUGAUCUUAAUCAACUACAAGACUGAAAUAUGCCCAUUUUUUUUCUUAAAAUAUAUAAGACUCUUAAUGGGCAGUCUUCUUGAUGUCUCACUAGCCCAUGUUGCGAUGAUAAGCUUGGAGCGGUAUAUUGCUGUAAAACACCCUUUUGCUUAUACUUUUGUUAUUACCGAGACUAAGUUGCUGAUUGCCUCUGCAGUGGCAUGGACAUUUUCACUGAUUAUUCAUAUUUUAUGGUACUAUACCUUUACAGUAUAUAUGAGCGUGUUUCUCUCCAUCACUAACGCAUUUAAGUGUUUUUGCAUCGUCGUCAUAGUUUGGUGUAAUGUUAUAGUAUACCGUGAAACCCUCAGGCAUAAACAGCAAAUUGCCAAUCACCAAGUAACACAAGAGAUAAGAGAAAAAUUUCUAAAAGAUAAAAAAGCUUUUAAAGUAACAACCCAGAUUGUGAUAGUUUUAUUCCUGUGUUACCUGCCAACAAUUAUAAGUAGAAUUAUUUUAGAUAAGUACAUCCCCGAGAACGGAAUAUCUUUAGACACCACAUACAUCGUCAUCUUUUCGUCCGGUUCUGUAGUUUUACUGAACUCUGUUAUUAACCCAAUUCUUUAUUCUAUCAAAAUUCGAGAGUUUCGCGUUGCUUUUAUCGAAAUAUUGUGUAAAACUGCUAAUCUCGCUAAAGCCGAGGAAAUUGAGAUGAGAUUCUUUAAAUCGCCAAACGUUGUGGCCAGACUUGAAGCAGAGCAUGCGCAAGGAGCUGAAGAA